AAUUUUGAGGGAAAAUAAAAAGACUGAGAUUUUUUGACACAGCUUCAUAAUACAUGUUGUGCAUGCACGUGUACUCCCAGACCUUUUCUUCUCGGUAAGCUAAAAGAUGCGCUUCGACGAAGUCUUGACGUGCGUUGGGGAGCUGGGUCUGUACCAGAUCCGUGUGGCUCUGUUCAUCACCAUCAUGUCUGCACCGGUCGUGUGGUAUCCUAGUGCUGAGAUCUUCAGCAAUCCCAUGGUUAAUCACUGGUGCUCUGUCCCCGAGAUACGGGACCAGUGUGGUGACUGGGGCCUGGAUGAGGCCCAGUGCGACCAGAAGAUUAUCGAUGUGGCUAUCCCACCCAGUGGCACAGGAAAUGACAACUGUCGACGGUACAGCUGGACUGACGUGGAGGUAACGAUCAACACAACAAGAGAAGAACUGAACCAGACCAUCACUGACUGCAACGCUGGCUGGGACUUUGACCAUUUAGUGUACAAAUCCACUAUCAAAGAACAGUUCUCUGUUGUCUGCGACCAAGCUUUGUUGAAUGAUCUACCGCUGACAAUCUUCGGUGCCGUGGGGAUUAUAGGAGUAAUUAUCUUCGGUGCUUUUGGGGAUAAAUUUGGCCGUCGGCCUGGGUUCAUUCUCGCCCUGGUCAUACAGACGUUGACUGGACUUGCCACUACAUUUGCUCCAUCGUUUGCCGUCUAUUUUGUCUUCCGUACUAUUCAGGGAUUCGUCAACACAAGCGUGUUCUACUGUGGUUUCCCUUUAUUGAUGGAAAUGAUAGGCACAUCCAAGCGAAACAUUACCCGUCUUAUUCUGAUGUGUAUCAGCGGCGUUGGUGCGAUGUGUUUGGCGGGCUUUUCGUAUUUCAUCCGCUGGUGGCGAGGCAUGUCCAUUGUGAUUUCUAUGACUGCGAUUGUCUUUAACUUCCUUAUUCCGUUUAUUCCCGAGUCCCCGGCCUGGCAGCUGACAGUCGGUAAGAUUGACCAAGCAGAAAAGACCAUCCGGAAAAUGGCGCGAGUGAACAAAGCGAAAUUACCGGAAAAGCUCUUCACAGAUGAAGAUAUCGCUGAACUCAAGGGUAUUGAGCAAGCGUCCAUGAUUGAUCUUCUGAAAUCACCAAUACUACGGUAUCGUCAAUUGAUCAUUUGUUGGAUGUCGUUUUGCAUUGCACUGGCUUCUUACGGCAUGACCCUUAACAGUGGUAACAUUGGAACUGACGAUCAUCUGUCGUUUGUAUUGCUGAUCGUCGUUGAGAUACCUGGCUUCGUGUUAGUCUAUCUACUCCUGGAUCGCAUUGGACGGAAAUGGACGAUGAUGGCGUCCUUUGUAAUCUCAGGGGCCGGCUGCUUUGUUACUGCUUUUGUUGAGCAAGGAUCUGUAGCUCAGACUGCAGUUGCCAUGGUGGGGAAAUUCGGCAUAGCGGGCGCCCUCAGUGUUUCAGAUCUGUACGUUGCUGAGCUUCUGCCAACCCAAGUCAGGAAUGUGGGUAUGGGCUUGAACGGCAUGGGGUUUGGUUUGGGAGUCACUUUAGCCCCAUACAUAACGCGGAUUCAGGACUUCUGGCCACCAGCUACCAUGCUUAUCUUCGGGAUUCUUACAAUCUUGGCAGCCAUACCAGUGUUUCUGUUGUUGCCAGAGACUAUGGGUAGAGACCUACCUGCUACUAUCGAGGAAGGAGAGAACUUCACGAAAAGGCGAGGUAAAGGAAGUGAAAAAGACUUGCCGACUUCGGGUGUCGACAUGGCAGUUGAUGUACAGGUUAACAUGAAAGGAUUCAAGCAGAGUGGCAUUGACAAUGUAGAAGUCGAGUAUCAGGAAGAAGAAAACGUACACCUUUAAAUGCUUAAAUUCUGCUGCAAAAACAAAACAAAUCAAUAAUACAAGAUUCACGAUGCAAACAAUGUAAAGUGUAAGUGACUCGAUGUUGGUUUGAUGUGAAAUGUGCUUUAUUAGAACUAUUGCUGUAGGCAUUAACUCACCGGAAUCAGUUCGAACGAAGAAUUAUGCUCCCUUAUGGAAAUUAUCUAGUGCAUAUCACCGCUAAAUGAUACUACAAAGCGCACAAGGUAUGAGUGCGAGUGGGUUUGUUUAUGGUGUAAAUCGAGGUGAUGCAUCAUCGAGUAAUUGAUGAAAAGGAGUCAAAUCGAGGACGACCGCGAUUAGAGAGCGUGUAUACAAAAACAAUGGGAGCUGUUGCAAAAAAGUAAAAGUAUCAUGAACAAAAAAUCGAUGAUGAGGAAAUCCUCGAUUUACAUCUUGUGUAUGUGUGUUCACAACUUAAUCGUCAACUACGUUGAUCACCCACAGGCGACCCGCCCGAAGCGGGCGAAGCGAAGCCUCGUUUAUGAAAUACUCUGAAUUAAAGGGAUUUCGCAUCCUUAGUUUUGUGUUCAAAUUUGGAUGGUGUUAUCACGUGAUGCCAACAUUCACCAAGCUGUUCUCUCCUUCACCGCGUGUGCAUCGCUUGAAAUAUGACUGGUCUAAAAAAAGUUGAAAUAAACUGUUUAAUGUGCGCAAAAUAUCAUGCAACAGAUGCUUAAAUGUUUUGCUUGCCAGUCAGUUGCCUAUCGGAAUGACGUCACAGCUGGCCUUGUUUAUAUAUUGUAGUGUAUGUAAGACACAACUGAGUUGUUUUAGGUCGUUCUUUUAUUACCAGUAAAUUUAAUAAGUGAUUAGACAUUGAGUAAACAAUAAGUUGCUUUUAAAUAAUUAUAUUAUACGUUUUGAACACAUACUUUUAAUUAUGGAGAAUGAGAAAAAUAUAUGCUGCUUUAACUCUGCUGCUGUUUUCUUUUUUAGUUUCAACAAUUCAAACUUUUCUCCUUACGAAUCUUCAACUUGUAUGCAUUAUUGUUAAACAUGCGGUCGUACUCUCCAACAAAUUAUUUUUCUCUUAACGAAAAUUAUGCUUCUUUGCUACAGGAAAACCCUUUUUAAUUUGGGCGUCUGCAACACUCACCAAAAGGCUUUUUAUUGACUUUCUAUAUCGCACAAACAAAUCCGCCCCGUAAAAAGACAUGUUCCCGGCUCCUUUCGAUUCUGAUAGAGAACAGCAAUUGACUAGCUUAUCCUGCAAACGUAUGUUGUGUUAUGCCAGUGUCAAGCGUAAAAAACCUAUCUGACUUCAACCAGUAUAGCUAUAGUAGAUAGUAGAUACAUGUAGUAUAGUAGAUACAUGUAUAUAUAAGUUCAAAGACGCGUCCGCUUUAACUACCGUAUAUCAUACAAAACGCAGACAGAUUGUGACACACUUAGCAACCCCAAUUCAUAUCUGCCUAUAUACAUAUCGUGUGAGACUUUUUAACCAGUAUUUAAAUUAAUAUGCAUCAACUUGAUGUGUAACUUAGCAGUAAACGUGUGUUCGAUUUUGGAGCUUAAAGAGUACGUAUUAAAGAAGAGAAAAGUGUUGAGAGUCGAUGUUAGGUAAACGUCCUUUAGUGCGAGGGGUGGGUCGGUACAACCCUGCACCCGCCACUCCACAGCAUCCCAAAUUCUGAACGCGGUACCAAGUGGUACCAGUACGCUCCAGAUAACGAUAUCUAUUGCGUACAAAGAGAACAACUGACCUAGAUUACAGGCUGUCCAUGCCAUGCAGUCAAGUUCACCAAUCCAACGAUAUCAACAGUGAUGGUGACGUGAAUCCCGAAUUGGGUCGAUGACCCACAGAUAGUUAAGGGCAACUACUGACAACUGAACCUGUCAAUUACAAACCUGUAUUUAACGUUCAACGUCUAAAACCUACGCGCAACAUUAUGGUCCACGAACGCAGCACAAUUUGAUCAUUAUUUUCGUACAGUUAAAAGACAUUUAAAAGGUACAUUCGUCUGGAGUGCAUCGUUUUGGGCUUUAAUACGCAUUUUCCUCGAAAUUAUAUAAAACACAAGAGAGCAUUAAACUACAGCUUGAAGAUUUGAGUUUUUGUGUAAUUAUCACACGAAGGAAUUUAGGGGUACAAAAAUCAUGCCGUUGGAGCGGUAGUAUUCA